GUUGUUUAUUUCGGAGUUUCGUUGACCGGUCCGCAUAAUCGACGAUUUCCGGAACAAUGGCCAAGCAAUGUUUAGUUUGUGACAACAGGGCGAAGGUAACCGACAAGAUGCUUGUGGAUCCACUCGAGAAAAUCACCUACCACAGGAUGCCGGCCAAUGGGGAACGGCAGAAAAAAUGGCUCGAAUUUUGUGGCCUCACGAAAAACGAUGCAAUCUUCAAUAAAUUUGUAUGCAGCGAACAUUUCGAGAAAAAGUAUAUCGAAAGAGAUCUGAAAUCGGAACUGCUCGAUGGCAUCAAAAAAACUGUGCUGAACAAGAAUGCUUUUCCCACAAUCAGGACAACACGGAAGAGACAGAGACGCCCUUUGAUUGACAAUGAAGAAGAACAGCGGCGAAAGCGUAAAGCCGAGGUUGAUAAACUGCUGCAAGUGGGGCCGCCGGAACCGAUUCGAAAUCCUUUUCGUCAACUGAAACGCUCAUUGAAAAAGGCUACGGAAACAGGCAACGGAUCCGGAUCACGUAACCUCCUUAUAAAGCUGGAUAAAUCUGAACCAACUCAAAUCGAUACCGCUAUCGAGUUUUGCGACUUGGGUUCAGCAGCCGAACCAGACGUAGCCACACUUCAGCGCCGAAUCAAAGAACUGGAACAAACGGUGGAGAAAAAGAAUGAAAAAAUUCAACUUGCCAAAACGGAAAUGAUUAAUAUAACAAAAGCGUUGCAAGAACUGAAGGACAUCGAGAAGAAAAAUCUAACCAUAAGAAUGAAUGAAGUGCUGAAAAGCUGUUUGACUAAAAAUCAAAUACAAAAGAUAUUAGAUCCCGAUUGUGUAGUCUCCUGGGACAACGAAGAUAUGUUCAAGGCUGUUUACACUCGGAUGAUGGCAAAAGAUUUCUAUGAAAAUCUUCGGAAAGAACUGAAAUACCCGUUACCCUCUUCGGAGGCGAUAGCUCAAUGGUUGCAACCGUGCUAUAAAGAAAGAGGUUACCUCAUUCGGGUUCUUAGCGUUCUACAAGCAUUUGGCAAACAGCUAUCGCCGCGAAACCGUGAAUGCGUUCUUACAUUAGGACGAACCAAAGUCAAAACUCAAUACCACUACGAUCCCAUUCGUGAUCAGGUAAUAGAUCACAACGGUCAGUUGUACUGUAUAGCAGUCCAAGGGUUGUUUGAUAAUUGGUACCAGCCGUUGUAUCUGGAAUUUGAUUUAACUUACACCCUCGAAUUAAUAGAAGCUUUAAUCAAUGAAUUACAUAGUAUUGAAUUCAAUGUCCUGGCAAUUUGCGGACCUUGCGAGCUGGAAACUUUUGAUCUGUGGAACGAGUUGGACGUAACCGUUGAGCAACCCUUCAUAAGACAUCCACAAACGAACCAACCGGUGUUUGCAUUUGGAUGUGCAUAUUCAACACUCAGGAUGCUGCACAGGACACUGGUGUUCGAGGGACUGUUGAUACAGGACGACGUGCUGAUAUCGAAAGAAGUGAUUGAAAAGCUGUUCGAAUCGCAACACCCCCUCAUUAAGGAUAAACUGGAAAUAACGAGACAUCUCAUCAGUGAGCAGACAUUCGAUGACACAGACUUUGAGGGUACGAAAACCCUUAUAUCUCACGGUACAUCACGAGCAUUGACAACACUAGCUGAGGAAGGUGAAGCUUCAGUUGCUGCAUUGGGCAAAAUGAUAGAGAUCUUGCGAGACUGGUUCGAUCUUGCAACUCUGAAGCCAGCGGCAACAACUGAACAAGCGGCAAAACGACAAACCAAGGUGUUGAAUGAUCUCUUCGAGAUAUUCGAAACCGUUAAGAGCGAAGACCAGGAAGAGUGUUUCAUUCGCCAAAUUGUGAUGGUUUCGAUUAGCUCGUUGCGUAAGCUUGCUUCUGGAAUAAAUUUGAAAUAUAACAUCGUGAUACCGACGGAGCAACUGACGUUGCAUAACAUGAAUAAUCUGUUCUCGAAAUUUCAAGACCACCAUAAAGAGGAAACUACCCCAAUAAGUACAAUCCUUUGGCAGUUUAGCUUGUGCACCGAGGAGGAUGAAGCAAUCGUUACUGCUAAGGUUCAAUCCAGCCUGGACCUGCCGAACAACGUUCAUUCCUUCGAAGAAAGCGUCUUUGAUUACGAUGUUAAUACCAUCACCGAAGCGGGCGCGUGCUCUUACCUGACCUACAACAUUGCAAACACACUCAAAUACAAGUACGAAUACCUGGGCGAUUACAGUUGCAACAUCGAGCGGGUGAACGAUUGUUACGUGGUUACUCCGGAUGGACGCGGCGCAGUCGACAAUGUCACACCCUCACAGCUGUGGACCGAACAGGCCAAAAAGCUCGACAGCUAUUUGAGGGACGUAACGUUCUAUAAGAACGAAGGCAUCGUGGAGAACUUGGUUCGCUCGAUUUCGAAGCGUUAUCCCAAGAUGGGCGUCGACAUUAUUCGGCUUUACGUGGAGAAGCGGUUACAAAUUAAGCUAAGCAAUCUUAACCGGCAGCUGCAGCACGCUUGUUGAACGAAAUAAA